UGACCGCCAAAAAUCAAAACAUAUUCUUGACUUCCCAGAUAAAGUUCUUCUUUAUAUAUUGAAAAAGUUAGACAAAACCGACUUAAGGAAUCUCCGAUUGUGUUGCAGAAAAUUUUCAGACAUAGCACUAGAUAGAUCUUUCUGGACGUACGACUAUAGCAAUGAACCUAUUCUUCCAUUUCAAAUGGAGCCAUAUCAAACGUUUUUAGAACCAUUAACACACACCUUGUCAAUACGUGGAGAUAUUGAACGAGGCAAAGAAAAUAUCCUUGGACGUUUGUUUUUUUUCAAACUAAAACAAAUAUGCCAAGUACUUCACACAUUAAGGAUCGCGGACUAUUUUAUUAAUGUAGAUGAGGUUACGCCAGAAAUGUCAACAACUAUUGUGGAACUUGAAAUCAUAAAUUGUAUAGCUUGUUCUAUUAUUAAGCUAGAAUUUUGUACGACUUAUUUUUUUCGUGGAAUAUGUAGGUUUGUACCCUAUGUACAAUCUUUGUACUUCUUUGAUGUUGUAUGGAAUACGUCAUAUUCGACAUUUCUGUCAAGUAUAAGUAACCUUACAGAUCUUCUAUACCUUUACUCUCUUCUUGCCGAAAACAAAGUUGAAGAAAUAAUCAUGUACAGAAACAAUCAGUUCCACAACUAUUUGUUGUCAAAUAUUAGUCGCUGUAUAAGUAGAUGUACUAAUUUGAAGAAAUUACAUAUUAGACAUUAUUCACAUGUUACUAGAACGGAUAUGAAUAUUUUNGCUUUGACAUUACCAAACUUGGUAGAGUUGGAUAUAACUGGUUGUUCUGUAACUUUGGAGGAUGUUAAACAUUUUAAGUCACGAAGACCUAAGAAAAUAUCACUUGACGCUGCAAUUAUUUGA